AGUCUGGCAACGUGCGGGGGCGGAGACGUCACGCAAGCGGGAAGAGCACGCCGCCUCUCUGACAGCGAGGCAGUCGCGGGCUUUCGCGCACACACGCUGCGCACGCGAAGGGAUUGCAACUUCUGCCACAUCGUGGGAAGCUGUCACAUUGAGACUAUCAACCGUGGCAGCCGGACAGUGAACGAUAUCAACAGUCAGAGGCUCAUAGUAGACUCCUAAAACCAUUCUAGCGAACACGACGCCGGAAAAGGGAGCUGUGGAACUGCUAUUCAAGAAUUAAAAAAAAGAGGUGGGAUUCAGAUUGAAAGAGGUGGUUCUCAGCUCUUUGUAAUACUUGAUUUAACCAUGCAUUAGCACAUAGACGCAUAGCGAUACCAGCUUAUGCACAGAAGUGAAACAUCAGCAUUUGUGGUAAAACUUUGAUACACGACGGGCGCAAGGAAGUACAAUUCGCUGUGCGCUACAGAAGCUUUGGUGAGCUAAGGAAGAAAGCUGAGAAUUAUUAUUGUGAAAAUUAGAUUCCGCUCCCAUAGCGAAAAAAAUUUUGACCCCUGUUUUUGUUGGUACCCUUUUAGAUGGCAGCUUGAAGUUAUCUCGCAGGUGGGCAAGGAUAUAGUUGCGGCAGAUCCAAACUUCAGUAACGGAUCCAGAGAUUCGUGCUGGUGGGGAAAAUAGAAGCCGAAGGUAUUUUUGACGCAGUGAUUGCGAAGUUGUGCGGUUUGGGAAGAGACGGUGGACUCGAGGGAUUCGCGACUUUCGGCACGGCCUGGGAUGCGGUGAAAGGCCGGCGGGCAGAGCGAGCGCGACCGAGUCGGAUGGGCAUGGAGCAGCUGGCGCGGCGCGCGGGCGUGACCUCCGUCACGCCGUUCUCCAUUGCCGACAUCCUGAUGAGCCGGCAACGCGGCCAGGCGCGUGCGCAGGAGCACGCCCUCGACAUGACGCGCAAGCCGGCCGCCGCCGCCGCCCCCGCCGCCCCCGACGCCGCCACCGACCCGGAGACGGACAACGACGCCGCCGCCUCCACGGCCGCCUCCCUCACCGAUGGCUGCGACUCGGACACGAGUGGCUGCAGGGAGGACUCUGGCUCGCCGUCUCCGUCGCCGCCGCUGCUGUUCGGGUCGCCGCCUGCGACGCCUGCGGGCCUGCUACCCCCGCACCAGUCUUCUGCAGCGGCGGCGGCUGCAGCGGCGGCCCUCUCGCCCUCCUCCGGACUGGUGAGGUCGCCCUUCCUGGCGGCGCACCCCACGCACCACCACGGCCACCAGCACCAGCCGCAGCAGCAGCACCAGCAGCAGCAGCGCAAGAAGAGGUCCAGGGCGGCCUUCUCACACGCGCAGGUGUACGAGCUGGAGCGCCGAUUCAACCAGCAGCGUUACCUUUCUGGCCCAGAACGAGCUGACUUGGCGCACGCGCUCAAGCUGACCGAGACCCAGGUGAAGAUCUGGUUCCAGAACCGGCGCUACAAGACGAAGCGCAAACAGCUGCAGCUGCAGGAGCAGCACCACCACCAACAGCAGCAGCAGCACCAGCAGCUGCAGGCCACCUCCGUGUCCUCCGCAGCCGCAGCUGCAGCCGCCGCAGCCGCGGCUGCCAAGAGAGUAGCGGUGAAAGUGCUGGUGAGGGACGACCAGCCCGUCAGCCCGGCAGCCGCCGCCGCCGCUGCAGCCGGCAAGGCCCUCUCGCUGUACCCCCCUCCACCGCCGCAGCUGCCGCCGCUGCCCUUCCCCUACUACUACUACCACCCAUUGUUGUGUCAGCCAGCACCAAGCGUCAUGCCGGCUCACCCCAGCUUGUCGCCACCCAGUGGUGCCUCUAGUCCACACUGACUUAAGCUGGCCAUUUGACUUUCCAGCUCGUGCUGACCCGUUGGCCACCCAGUGAAGUCACAGACUCAGACUGAUUCACCCAUUGGACAAUUCGCUGUCCAGUGGUGCCUCUAGUCCACAUUGACUUAUGCUGGCCAUUGGACUUUCCAGCUCGUGCUGACCCGUUGGCCACCUAGUGAAGCAACAGACUCAGACUGAUUCACCCAUUGGACAAUUCGCUGCCCAGUGGAGCCUCUUGCUCUCUCUGACUAAUCCAUUUGACAAUUCGCAAUCCUGAAAAACCCCCAGACUACUCCAAAGACUCAUUCUACAAAUCGCCACCUGGUCAAGCCACCAGACAGUGCAUACACACACAACUGAUACACCUCUGCUGAAUGGAAGCUCAAAGCUCCAGUGAAUUGCCAGUUGGACAGUUCGUUGUUAAGUGGAACCACAAGCUCAUGGUGACUCACCAGUGGACAAAAUUAUCUAGCAGUGGAGUCCCCUUACUGCAUCUAUUUAGCUGUUAGAUGGCUCACUUCCCAGUGAAUUUUGUUUUGACUUACCUUCCAAAUCAGCACCCGGUGCAGCCUACAUCCCUCGCCCUCUCGACCACUGGACAGAUGGUUAAGAGGGGCACUCUAGCAAUUGUAGCCAAAACCAAAGAUUUUGUGGAGCAGAUGUAUAGUGUGCACCUCUACAAACAAUGUCGAUGUUACGUGUUAAUGGACAAUCAAGAGGAAACAGUCAGAUCAUGUUCGAGAAUCAACUUUUAUUCUACAAUUUCCAUGGACUCAUUGUCACUGUACCAUAUUUUGUUCUUUAAAUAACGAUUUUUAUCGCCAGUUUUUCCAUUUUCUUUCUUUACUAAGAAUAGUUCUGAAGGCUAGUCUCAGUGGUAAGAAGUUACUUCACACUCGUAUCAUUUGUUUGUCUCAAUGAGGAUUACAAACGAGAGGCCUUUCAGUGAAGUUCAAAUAGCUUCUGCAAGUAAACGAAGAACAAAGCUUAUCCCCGAUAAUUUAGCAGAGCGCCCAAAACUCACUGUAUCACUACAAGAUAUACACAGAAUUUUAUUGUUCAGAUAAAGUACUGGAUGAAAUUAAAUAAUAUUAUUUUCAAGUUGACAUUGCAGGUCUCAAUGCGUCUUGAAAGCUUUCUUUGUGCCACUUGUACCAAUAUAGUUAUGAAAGAGACUGUAAAAGUUGUGGGCACAGAAAGAAAAUCUGACAUUCAGUUGACGAGAUAUCGUUGAACAGAAGUCACUGAACUAUGCUGAGGGAAACGGUUUGCAACUCUCUGUGCCUCUGACUAUUUGAUCUGUUACGUCAAUGACAGAAAUCGCGGCUAUUAUUACUAAUGUGCAAUCCUUCUAGCGUCGACUGUGGAAAGUAAAUUCAUAAGUCUCCUCUUGGAUAUUACUUAUUGUGGGAACAUUUUGUAGGUAGUUCUGGGUUAUCUGGACUUCUAUCAAAUACUGGACACAGCACACUUAUUAGAAUUAUCACUUAAUAAUCACGCUCUACUUCUAAUGUAAAAGGAAGUACUUUAUCUUAAGUGUUCGUUAUUCUGUUGAAUAACAACAGGGAUUUAAGCGGUAUAAUCGCAUCCCUUCUCAAGAAGUUCUAUAGGGAGUAAAGUUGUUUCUUUCAUGGCUUCACAAUGCACAUCUACGAUAUCGUUAGAAAAGGGUAGAUUCAGAAAUAUGUAGUGUUCCUUUUGUCAACAAAGAAAUAUAGAAUCGAUAUGUUUUGUAUGUCGAAUGUUCUUCUAUUACAAAUGAGUUAAUGCUAUCAGUAGUUUGUACUGGCAUCUGCUGAGAAAUUAUUGGUAGUAAAAUAUGCCUAUAUUUUUGCAGGAAACCACGCUGCACUUCAGUCGGAGUACCUGACAGUGUACUGCGUGACACUUAUUCAAUACUUUUCCUUUGAACAGAUACACAGAUAUUUAUUCGAAAGUGCGCUCCAUUUCAUGUUGAAUAAUAAUACCUGAGCUUUUCACUAGAAGUAACGUAUGUUGAGGGAGUGUUAUGUCGUCGCUGCAAUGUACGAGUGGUUGUAGCACCAAUGAUUUCUCUUCUUUUUACUUUUAUUUCCAUUAUUUAGGACCGUAAAGACCAGCCUAAUCUCGUCAUUCCUUAAAUCUGAAUUGCUGUAAACGCGGCAUAGGGAACUUACAGAAGCAUUUAAAGCCAAGUUGGAACAUAUUUUAAUACAUUUAUGUUUCUACGGCUCUUAUUUCAUAUUAAUGUUACCGAUAAUGAAGAAGACUAUCGACUGUUGUGAAACGUCUUACUUAACAAAAGGUUUCUUAAUUAAAUCAGAAGCAUUAGUUACUUUUUAAUCACAUUUUAAGUACGUUGUAGAUCACAGAACGAGUCUAAAUUUUGAAAAGUGUCAAGAAACUGUAUGUAACUAUUCUGUGUAUCGAACUGAAAUGCUCCGUAAGAUUCGUGUAACAUAUUGUGUUCUAUAGAUGUGCCUGGCUGAUGAAAUACGGUGCAUGGAAUUUAAAUAUUCCAAACGUUAUUUCCAACUAUCUUAAUUUCUGCAAGCGUGUAAUUAUCAUCCUGAAGUAAUUCCAAGACUGUGCGUGUGGCCUUUCCGUACGUCUUUCCGGGAAGGGCAAGAAGUGUGUGAACUCUGAAAGUGGUGGUAGUUGUUUUUGGUCAGCCACUUAAUGCAAAUUGUUUACUUUCGACACAUCUGUGAAACCCUAGAGACUGUGAAGCACUUGUUGUGUUGAAUGUGAACUCUGAAAACUGGUGGCUGUUUUUUUGUCAGCCACUUAAUGCAAAAUGUUUACUUUCGACACAUCUGUAAAACCUUAGAGACUGUUACGUACUCGUUGUAUUUAUCACAUGUAAAUAUUGUUCACGAAUACCACUGAUCACGAUCUAGUAAAGAAGAGAAAUUCACUAUGAACCCAGUUACGGCAAUUUACUGAAACCAAAGCAAUGCACUGAUUGUAAAUCUAUAUUAUUAAGUAUUUAUUACCCUAGUACUGAGAUUAUAGUUAUCCUAUUAAAAGUUAAUUUAUUCAAAUAAACCAGGCACUGUACUGAUUAAAUGCAUUGUUGAUGUUAAAUAUACAAAUGAGAUUUACCAA